AUGGUUGUGGAUUUUUUCCGGCGAAAUGGUCACUGGUUGCGAGCAACACGGUUCAUCUUGGAUUAUCAAUGCAGUCCUGAUGUGUUUGAGGAGAGCCUGUUGGUGCCUGCUUUGCAGUCAGGAAAUUUGCAUACACUGCUUGAUCAUAUGUUACUCAUUGAUACCACACUUGAGAAAUGGGGUCCGUAUUUUACAAGCAUGUGUAGAUACCUUGUCAACCACAAAUUCUACCAUGUUCUCUAUGAAGUACAACUUUUCAUGAAGGAUUUCAUUCGUGCUUCGGUGACGUGUACAAGGUACUUUUUUUUGGGUAGUGCUCAAAGCUACCGUGACUUGGCAUCCCGAAUUAACUUUCUGCAAAAUGCAGAGCAGCACUUGCAUUCUUACCUGGAGCCUUCACACUGGGGUAAUGUACCUCGACCUCAGAUCCUCACCAACUCCUCUCCAGGUGCAACCCCUCAGAGAUCCGUCUGUCUCAAGUCCUCCAUGGAAAUGGAGGAAACGGCAGUCAGACUGGCAAAGUCCCCAGCCGAAAUAAAGAAGCAAAUUUUCCGGAUCAAUUUGCAAAUUGAAGUGACCAAAUUUCUUGAGACCUGCCUGAACAGAGCUGACAGCUCAGCUGCUAAUGUAGCGGUCAACCAUGUUGCCUCUCAUAAGUAUGGGCCACCAACGUUGUUUGGAAAUACGCAGGUGCGCAUUGACCUUGUCACUAUGGUGCUAAUGAGCUGUGAUAGUUGUGAUGAUGACCGAAAGAAAGGUUUUGAAAUUGCUUUAAAAAUCAUUAAGGAAUACAAGCUGGAUAAGAAAACUGUCUUUUGUCAUGCCGGCCGUGGGUUGGUCAAGUUACACCGUUAUGAUGACAUCAAGUAUUUGGUCAACUGGAUUACAAUUAUGAAACUUGGUGACAGUAAGAUGUGUGAUGCAGUCAUAGAUGCCUGUAUGGUGGGAAUUGCUGACCAAAGGCAUACGUUUAGUGAGUCGCAAAUUAAAGAAUCAGGAAGCCUCAUCGACUGCAUGAAGGCAGAUUCGAAUAAGAUAAAUGCUUACAUCCUUCUGGGUAAACUGAAAACCGCCUACCUCUUAGCAGUGAAGAGCAACAAUAUUGAAGAGAUCAAACAUAUUAGCCGUGAAGCUGGUCGACUUGGGCAAAUGGCUCAAGAUGAAACGGUCAGUCUUUUAUUACCUGACAAAAUGCUCCCUGUGUUCCUGUGGUCUGUACUAGAUUUUUUUCUUGUCUACAAGACACGAGUUUUCUUCAUCUCAACAAGCCGAUUACUGGUGCCAAUGUAUGAUAAAUUCUUUCUGAAUGAACAUUAA